AUGAGGAAUGUGGUGAGGAUUCUAGAUGCUUCAUUAUCUUCUAAAUUCCCUUCCUUGUUGCAUAGAAAGAAUGAUGAAGUUGCUGGGAUUUUUAAUUCCUCUUCUAGUUUGCCAAAAGAAAUGCAAAUGCAGAAAUCAUUCAACAAGUCUUCGUUAGUUCAACCUUGUAACAAACGUAGACGCUCUGCAUUUUCACCAAAAAUUGUGUCUUGUAAGAAUCGUCUGAGCAAGCAUCUCAGUUAUAAAGUUGCCAAUGAGUCAGAAUCAAAUUCUGAUGCUGAUAUUCACACAGAUCCUGGAGUUUCUGACACAAAGAAAUUGAGAAAGGAUCUCACUUCUGAUUCCUUUGAGCAAUUUCAUAUUAAAGAACCAUCAUCUUAUGAGGAACCUGAAAAUACUAAGUUGAGCCCAUUCUAUUGGAAGAAGGAAAAUGAUCAUAGAAUCACAAGGCCACUAGUAUGUGGAAAAUAUGGUGAAAUAUGUAAUAGGGAUUUGGCUAGGGAGGUGCAAAAGCCUGCAAAAAUUGUCUCCCUCAACAAUGUUCUUAAAUCUUCCAAAAGAUGUCUGGGCCAUACACAUGGAAAACCUAGACUAACUUCAAAAAAGAAACGGAAGAUAUUGAGCAUUGGAACAAAUAGUGGGUACUGCUGUGAGGAACACAUUGAAACACAAAAUACAAUAAUUUCUAAUGAAACAAAUGUUGAUGUGUCCCUGGAAAACAUGGAGAGAGUUGGCAAGCAGGAUGCCAAAGCUAAAGCUAAGCAGGGUGUUAGUGUUGGAAAUAGAGCAAUUGUUCCAUUGAAGGUGAAGAACAAGGACAAUCGGAAACACCGAAGCAUUAAUGAACUCACUGCUAAAGGUGAAUUGAGCAGAGCUACAUGA